CCGGAAUUCCUGGCGGUAUCUGGGGAGAUGGCUACAUUGCCAUGCAAUAUCUCCACACCUCUAGCAGACGAUGCAGCUUCGUUGAUCCUCUGGUAUCGAGAGGAUCUUCCCAACCCCAUUUAUACUCUCGACAUCAGAAAAGUCGCCUUGAAGAAAGCCAGGCAUUUUCCCAGCCCCGAGAUGGAGGGAAGAGCCUACUUCGACAUCAGUGUCCACCCACCCCUGCUCAAAAUAUAUCCUAUCCGGAAGUCGGAUCAAGGGGACUACAAGUGCCGCGUAGAUCUCAGGCGGUCCCGAACAUUCAUUCAUUAUAUCCGUCUCAAGAUUCUAGUGCCUCCCAAAGUUGUGAUAACAGACGAGCAUGGUCAAACAAUGCAAGAUGUCAUAGGGCCUUAUGACGAAGGUUCAUCUGUAUCUUUGUUUUGUGAAGCAUCUGACGGUGAACCUCUUCCUUCGUUAACCUGGUGGAAAGGUAGCAUUCUUAUAGACGACACAUACAAUAUUACACCGCAGGAAGUAGUGAGAAACGACGUGCUACUCACAGACUUGCAACGAUCAGACCUUAUGGUGGAUAUAACCUGCCAAGCCUCAAACACAAAUCUCACUAAACCGAGAACAGGCGUUGUCAUGCUCGAUCUAAAUCUUCGACCACUCGAAGUUAAAGUGAUGCCAAGACGACGACCAUUGUCCGUGGGCUGGAUAGCGCAGCUGACGUGUGAAGCUCGUGGUGCUCGACCUCAGGCACUACUCACUUGGUGGAGGGAAGGAAAAGAAGUCCAAGGCACCACAGAAACAGUUCUAGAAGAUGGAAAUCUUACUAUGAGCACUUACGCCUUCACACCAAAGCCAGAGGAUAAUGGCAAAUCCGUGACUUGUAAAGCUUCGCAUCCAACUCUGCCGGUUGAACCUAUAUCGGAUACUGUAACGUUAAACGUACACUAUACUCCUCAACUCAAGCUUGCUUUGGGCGCUAGUAAUCGACAUUCAGCUAUUAAAGAAGGCAGUGAUGUGUAUUUCGAGUGCAACAUCAAGGCAAAUCCUUCAGUUACAGAAGUUACGUGGUUCAUGGAUGAUGAGCAGUUAACCAGCAAUGCUUCUAAGGGAAUAAUUGUGAAUAAUCAGUCUCUUAUUCUUCAGAAAGUAGGAAGAGAACAUAGAGGUCUCUACAGAUGCCAAGCCAUCAAUACCGAAGGCGAAGGAGAGAGUGAUGUGGUCAAAUUAGACGUACAAU